GAAGUCUGGCUUUUAAAGGAACUCCUGGCAUAGGUCUGACAUGCAUUCAAAUCCACAUCCCAGCGGUCUGCUUUUGUACUUACUGCUUUUUGUAGCAGGCUUUUAAGAUGGUAACUUUGCUACUAAGGUUCCCUUAAGGCAUUUCCACACAGCCUUGACUCCGGUGGGUUUGUAAGUGCAUGUAAGUAUGUGGUCCGGCUCUGAUGCUCUUCAGGAUGCUUCAGCCUUCUAUUUAUGGUCUGGAAUAGAAACGUAUUGGAAUGUGAGCACUUGGCAGCAGGGCAGGAAGCAAACUGGCCGUAGGUAUUUGUAGGAACAGCGUUCAGUCAGAUCUCCAGCCCCAGCCGUUAGCUGCUUGGAGAAACGGGGCUCUGUUGGAAGAGGACUGUUGUUCUAAAUCCAUCUGAUUAGUCACCAGCUGGUGCAAAUUCAGUAUUCAGAUGGAUCUCCUCUGCACCUUAACCAAAAUAAACCCGUCUGUGUUAUAACCAGAAAAAUAACGUGGUAACUAGCAGUGUGGAGUGGGUUGCCGUAUGUUCAAGCUUGUGAAACAGAAGGAACGUAGCUCUGAAAAUGUGGUUGACAGACCGUUAAGCCAGAGGCUUCAGCUAGUCGCCUUGGCUUGCAGGCACUUGGAAACAGUCGAAGAAGUGCUGGGCUUUGCUCUUCAGCUGUCUUGCAAUGAGCUGUUAGCCCGAGGAAACUCAAAAACAAUGCAGCACAACCUCCCUCCGACGGGCUGGCUGUGGAGAGGGGCAGAAUGAGUCACUGGAGCCGAUUGAGCAAUGCAGUUACUGGGAGCUUUCUGAGUCACGUUGCCAAGCACUGCGAGCCGAUGAACCCAUCUCCAGUGGUGGAUUUCUUGUUCUGGGGCGUUCUGAUUCUAACAGCCCUGAGUCACUGAAUGUCAGUUACAAAUUAAUCUGAGUGCUGUUCCCUGCAGUUCUUAACCGUGGCGGGCUGCUGCUUUUCAGAUCAGCUUUGGAAACGAAACUUGCUCAUUAUUUAAGAAGGGGUGGAAGAUCUUCGUGGGUCAGAAGUGCAGCACUGAACUCCUUCGUUACAGUAACCUUGAAACAGUUGAAACAAGUAUCUCGGAAGCUUGUUCUGAAGCUCAAAGGAGAGGAUCAAAACAAAGCGAGCUUAUUUUCACUGCAACUGCUUCAAGGAGGGCCAUUGUAGUCUUUAAGAGCCGUUCUCUUUGUUAGGCUUUAAGCAACUUCUCUUGCAUGGUGCUCUUUGUGUCGCUUGCUUCUCAUCUCUUCAUAUGUCCUUGGGCCAGUCAUUGCACCUCUCGAGUUUCCCAGCUGUGCAGAUCUGAGCUGAUGGAAGUCGUUGAAGUGGGGAGGGAGUAUGGGCACCGAUCUGAUCAGGAAAAGUGGUGGUGCUGGGGUGUCCUCAGUGCUUCUGAGCUUCCACCGUGAGCACACUGUGAAGGAACGGCUCCAUUGCACCGAAAUGAAAGAAAAACAGCAAGCCUCCUGGCAGAGCAGUCCUGAUUCUUUGGCUGCACCUGUAGUAAGUGAAACAUUAGCAGGGAUUCACAGCACAGAAUUCCUCAAUGCCUGGUCCUGUUGCCUGUAUAGCACAGCUAAUGUGCAUCAGCUGAUUGGGAACAAAUCUCUCUGCGUGCUCCUCUUUGAUAGCAAGUGAGGAUUUGCAGUAAGAGUGAUCCUGGUGAACAGUCCUGUUUUCUUUUAAAAAGUACAUUAUGCAGAUGUGAAGCUAUUUGGAGAAGGAAGAGUGAAGUAGGUGAGGAUGACAGGCAGUGGUGGGACUUGCACCCUGAAUUUAGAGUUCCACUUUAUAAAAGGUAUAAUGAUACGUAGAGGAAGUAGGAAGGUUAGGGAGUUGAGGUACUUCUAGCUUUACCUGCAGUGUGAUCCACCAUCCUGAAGACUGAAUUCGGUGUGAUCUGCUGGGUGUUUGCUUUUUGUUUGUUUUAGGAAGCCAAACACUAUGAACCACCAAGAAAACAGAUCAAAGCAGAGUGAUUAUAUUGUCUGUGCCAUGGUUUGCUGACAUCCUGAAUAACUUCUGUGGUUUUGAGUUUCCUUCCAGAAGGAAAACAUUCAGAGGGAAGCGCUGAGAAAGACCAAAGCAUGGAGCAGCUUCCUUGUCAAGAGGAACUGAGUUAGGUCUUAACCAACAUGGGAAGAGAAGAUUAAAGUUCCAUCAUGAUUGGAGGCUUAUUCAUCUAUAAUCAUAAAGGAGAGGUUUUAAUCUCUCGAGUCUACCGGGAUGACAUUGGGCGCAAUGCCGUGGACGCCUUCCGCGUCAAUGUCAUCCACGCGCGGCAGCAGGUCCGCUCGCCGGUCACCAACAUCGCCCGCACGAGUUUCUUCCACGUCAAACGCUCCAACAUCUGGCUGGCUGCUGUCACCAAGCAGAACGUCAACGCUGCCAUGGUGUUUGAGUUCCUGUACAAGAUGUGUGACGUGAUGACUGCUUACUUCGGAAAGAUCAGUGAAGAAAACAUAAAGAACAACUUCGUGCUGAUCUAUGAGCUGCUGGACGAAAUCCUGGAUUUUGGCUAUCCUCAGAACUCUGAAACGGGGGCCCUGAAGACCUUCAUCACUCAGCAAGGCAUCAAGAGUCAGACUAAGGAAGAGCAGUCCCAGAUCACCAGCCAGGUGACUGGACAGAUUGGGUGGAGACGUGAAGGGAUCAAAUAUCGUCGCAAUGAACUCUUCCUUGAUGUGCUGGAGAGUGUGAACCUCUUGAUGUCCCCCCAAGGUCAGGUUUUGAGUGCCCACGUCUCUGGCAGAGUGGUGAUGAAGAGUUACCUGAGUGGGAUGCCAGAGUGCAAGUUUGGCAUGAAUGACAAGAUUGUCAUUGAAAAACAGGGCAAAGGGACUGCGGAUGAAACGGGGAAAAGUGGCAAACAGUCGAUCGCCAUCGAUGACUGCACUUUCCACCAGUGUGUGAGGCUCAGCAAGUUUGAUUCUGAGAGGAGCAUCAGCUUCAUUCCACCGGAUGGAGAGUUUGAGCUCAUGAGAUACCGAACCACUAAGGACAUCAUCCUUCCUUUCCGUGUGAUCCCCCUGGUGCGGGAGGUGGGUCGGACCAAACUGGAAGUGAAGGUGGUGAUCAAAUCAAAUUUCAAACCUUCGUUGCUGGCCCAGAAGAUAGAGGUCCGGAUCCCAACACCCCUCAAUACGAGUGGAGUGCAGGUUAUCUGCAUGAAAGGGAAGGCGAAGUACAAGGCUAGUGAGAAUGCCAUUGUGUGGAAGAUAAAACGAAUGGCUGGAAUGAAGGAAUCCCAGAUCAGUGCGGAGAUUGAGCUGCUGCCCACCAAUGACAAGAAGAAGUGGGCUCGGCCCCCCAUCUCCAUGAACUUUGAGGUCCCAUUUGCGCCCUCUGGGCUGAAGGUGCGUUAUCUGAAAGUCUUUGAGCCAAAGCUGAACUACAGUGACCACGAUGUGAUAAAAUGGGUGAGGUACAUUGGCAGGAGUGGGAUCUAUGAGACCAGGUGCUAGCCCCAGCGGGCUGGCAGGCUCCCUCUUCUCCAAGCCAUCCUCCGCGUCUCCUCAGUCUUCAAGUACAUUCAGAGAACAUCUGCCUGGCCCCUCUACGCAGAUCGGCUGACCCCGUGGCUCACCUGGGAGCAGACUCUCCUGCCUGUGCUCAGUUACCACCCGUGCUGCAACUGAAGUUCAGAAUCAGGUUGUGUGCAGGGGUGCAGUCAGCCUCCUGCUCCCUGUCCCGGGGUGGGGAAGGGCUAGUCUAACUCCCAUCCUCUCGUGAUCUUUCUAGGGAACGUCCACCAUUAAACUACUCUUCUGUUGGUGUCUCACUACUUGCAUCAUAUCUUAGUAUUUUUGAAGUUCUUGUGCAUAUGUACUCGUAGAAUAGACCUAAACAUAGACUGGACAAAUCUGAGUUGAAGUUACCCUGGCUUCUGUACUAGCUAUUGCUGUUGUGGUAGAUGUUGCUGGCCAGUCUGGGAUGCCUGAGGUGGUGAGUUUGUUGGGCUUCUGCCAGAGGAGGCGGUGGGCUCCCUGGAUCUUGCCGCCUUCUUAUUUCUUGCAAAGUCUUCAGUAUAGAGUCCUGCUUUGGGAAGGUUUGUGACCAAACAAGGAUGAGGGUUUAGACUCUUGCUGGUGUGUAUGUGGGUGGCACAGCAUUUCAGGUCCAUAGAGCACUUACCCCAACCCACUGCUGGCUCGAGCCAGUCGUUCCUUUCCAAAUGAAUUGGAAAUAAGGCCACCUCCAUCCCGGGGGGUGUGGGUCAGCUGAGCUCUGUCAGGAUGUGAACAGGGUCUGUCCUCUGGAAUCUAAAAUGCAACUGGCACUAAGAGCCCCCUGCCCCAGCCUGCCCUCUCCGCACUUCUACCAAAUGCUUCUGGGCCAUAGGAAUGCUGCUGCUACCCACAGUCCCGCUUCUGGUAGUGUGGUCUCCAUUUUGUACACUUUGUGAUUUGUCCAGCUCUGAAUCUAAUAAAGUAUGUAGAACGGA